CUUGUCAUUCCAAAGAACAUAGGUGGUUGGACUUUUACGGUCGAAGUUAUAAACAAGGUUCCUUAUCAAGUGACAAGGUACCUUGCUUUUGUAUUGUUAGUUAACAUCCCACAUUCUACACACCAUUGUGUAAAGUUGGUGAACAGAUCCACCCACAACUUCCUU